CUCCGCCCCCUUUUCUUCUCAGUCCCACAUGCACGAGUUUGACAGCACGAGCUCUGAAACUGAACCGAAAACGCCCGAUUCUUCCUCCUUGUCCGUCGUUUUGUGGAUUUUUUGUGCUUUAAUUUCCCAUUUUCUUUAAGAGUUUUAAGUGUAAUAAGUGGGGAAAUGGACUAGCUAUGAGGACCAGACUCUAACGGAGGCUUUUUUUUGAGUAUCGACCGGUUCCAAAGUUUUGUAUUCUGUCGCACGCGCGCAGACUGAAACAUGUCUCGAGACCCAGACGAGGUGAAUAAACUGACCGAAAGCACCUACAAGAAUGUUAUGGAACAGUUUAACCCGGGGCUGAAGAACCUUAUCAACCUUGGAAAGAGCUACGAGAAAGCCGUCAUGGCCAUGACCCUGGCUGGAAAGAUGUACUUUGAAGCUGUGGGUAAGAUCGGCGAGAACGCUGCUGUAUCUCCAGUGUCAAGAGAAUUAGGGGUGGUGUUGACCGAGAUCUCUGAAGCACACAGGAAGGUCCUACUAGAGCUGGAAGAAAAUUUCAGACGCUUCCAUCGAGAGAUUAUUGCAGAGCUGGACAAGAAGACAGACAUGGACGUGAAAUACAUGACCGCCACGUUUAAGAAGUAUCAGAUGGAGCACAAGAUGAAGCAGGACUAUCUGGAGAGGUCUCAGGCUGACCUAAAAAAGCUAAGGAGGAAGAGCCAAGGAAAGAAUGCGCUGAAGUACGAGAGCAAAGAGAAUGAGUGUUUGGAGACCCUGACGCACCGGCAGAUGGACAUGCAGAAGUUUAUUGCAGAUGGCUGUAGAGAGGCUUUGCUCGAGGAGAAGAGGAGGUUCUGCUUCCUGGUGGACAAACAUUGUACUUUCUCCUACCAGCUAGCAGCUUUUCAUGAAAAGGCAAAGGAUAUACUAACAGACCAGAUACCUAACUGGCAAGACAAAUGUACUGAUAUUACCAAUGUUCCAGACAGUGUGAUGUCAAUGAUAGAAGGUCUGCGCACCCCGGUGUCCGUAACCCCUCAAGCCUCUCCAGCCGUAAAGCGCCACAGCAGGAACAAUUCUGAUGCAAUGAUUCCACCUCCUGCACCACCACUAAAGGCUCAACCAAGUCCACUAGCGAGCAUGUUCAACCAAGACACAGCAAAACAAGAAACUGUGACCGAUAAUAAUAAUGACGGGAGUCAAAUGGUCAGAUCCAUUUCUAUGGCUACCGGGCUGAACAAUAUGAGCCAGAGGCCACGUGUCAGGACUAUCUUCCCCCACAAAUCUGGCAGUAACAACACCCUGCUGAGCUUCGAUGAGGGUGACUUCAUUAUCCUGCUUAUCCCCGAUGAGAGAGACGGCUGGCUUUAUGGAGAAUUGGAGAAGACCAAACAAAGGGGCUGGUUUCCAUCCUCCUACUGUCGUCCAUAUGUAGAUCCUGUGGUAAAUAACAGUGUUGUUGGGAAUCCUCCGGCACGCAGUAAGAGUGUGGCCAACCUCACGCAGCAGGACCCUGAGGAUGAUGUGCUGCUGCCUCCUCCUGACUACAGCGACACUUCCUUCAGGAGGAACUCGACCAAGUCCCUGAUUCAGACACAUGUGCCUUCUUCUGAAUACUCAGUUUCUCAGCCAAACGGAAUUUCAAAACCAGCUUUCCUAGGGGGCGGGAACCCUUUUGCUACCGUGAAGCUGAGGCCCACAGUCACCAACGACAGAUCCGCUCCUAAGAUCUGAUAAUCACGACUCAUCUAGCCUUCUAACCAUCAGCAGCCUUUUUCCCCUCAACACCAUUAAACACUGCUGCGUGAAUGCAGACUUUUCUUCUGCAAAGUACAAUAUGAUCAUACAUGAGCUUCAAGGCCAUGUUCGAGUUGGACUAGAUACCCUGUUGGCCUCGUUGCACACAAUCAAACUACACAUGUAGCUCUGUACAUUAUAAAAGCCCGUAUUCACAUACAAUUUCCAAAACAAACAUUCCAUCAUUCGUGCUGCCUAACAGGGUUUGUCCUGGACGUCCAGCGAGAGCGGCGCUGGCUAAAUCUAUAGAGUAAAAAUGCUUCUAAUAUAUUUUGUCCUGAAUUUUUACCAGAGGCGUUGAUGACUGCUUUUAUAGUUGCAAGAAUAACAUGCCUUCCUUGUGCUGAGAUACACCUAGGUUUAUAAGAAUUGUUGAGAAUUUUAUACUGUCAUGGGACAUGUGAUGAAUGUAUAUAGGACCAAGGCACUGAAUUUUCAGGUUAUAUAUUGUUGCAGAUGUGAUUGUGCCGGAAUAUUUCAACUGUAUCAGGUUAUUUAAAAUUCUGAACAUCUUUGUACACUAGGAUUAAACAUAUGUGUUAAUUCCGAAUGCUUGAUAGUGUGUUUAGAUCGAAAAGCUGUGCUACGGACCCAUUUCCACAUACUAUUUAAUACUGCUUUUUUCCUUUUUCACCUCUUUAAUUUGAUUUCUGUGUCCAUGUCUAGUUCACAAGCAUCCACACUUGCCUUUGAGUCAUGUUGCUGAAACGUACCUUAUAAUUACACAGACAAAUUGUAUUUAAUUCAUUUUAACGCUGUAAGGAACCCAUUCGUUCAAUUUCUCAACGCAGUUUUACCUUUUCCGAUGCCCUGUGAAUCACUGCUGUAUAAAAUAAAAUGUUUUAUUUCUUUUAACAUUUUGAAAUGUUUUAUUAUCACAGCUGAAUAUGUAUCCUGUAUGUUAGGUUAGGUUAGAGUUCGGUAGGAUUUAAGGUUCGGCGCGAGGUUACAGUGUUUAUGGAUUUCCCAAUUGUGAAUGCACAGGUUGUUGUAGAGGUAGUAUUAUUGCUUUGCUAUUGAAACAAGUUAACCAUCGAGUAAUAAGAUGGUCAUUGUGCUCCUGGCUAGGAUCCAUGAAAGCAGAAUUGGCCUUGCUCUCUUGGUGUUGUGGGUGACUUCACUCUUUCCUCUGUCAGUCAAAGUGACAAUAACCAAUCUUGUUGAGCAUUUUCUUUCAAGUGUUCAUGUCUCCUGUAAUAUAGCAGUUGUGAUGCUUGCUAUUAUGUGUCUUGGAUGAAGCACAUAUGUACUGUAUCAUGUGAUAGAUGAAAACUACUGGUGUGUAGUGUAAAUUAUGGUGUCCCACAAGGUUCUGUUUUAGGUCCCUUAUAUCCAGCUCACUAGAUGUGUAACCUGCUAUCCAAUAAUUAGAUUUGACUUCUACAAAUAAUACAUAUUUGGCCAGAUGUUGGAACAGUAAGUAAAAUGGAAGACCUUUAAAAUGUCCAGCAGCUUUGAUUAAUAGAAACUUACUUCUUCUGGAUUCUGCUCAAACACCACUACUGUUUUAGGUAGUUGCCUGCAAUAAAACUACCCUAUUCUGUUCAACCCAACAUUUCGGUACAGGAACUUGUGUUUUUAGGUAAUAUCUCCAAAGCUGUAUAAUUUACCCAGAAUAAGACACAGGCUAACUCGGUGCAUAUUGCUCCAGUAUUUUUCAAUCUCCUUAAAGUUCCAUGUUCAAGACUGUUAAAACACACAAAGACUAGCUCUUGCCUAUCUAGCUGAACUCCUGGUGCAGAAGAACCCAUCCUGACUACAUCACUCGGUUAAGACUGUUCUACUCUUAAUCCAGGUGACACUUUUUCUGUCUGUUGAUUUCCUCUAAUCUUUGAAUGAAUGGUCCAGAAUUAUUAAUAGAUGAAUUUCUUAAUUUCAUGCAUUUCAUAAUCUGUAGUAAUCUGAGAUUAUUGUGUUCUAUUAUUGUGCUUUAAGUACUGUUUAAUCUUUGACACGUUUGAAUAACUUAUAUUUUGACAUGAACUGAAAAGUUCUACAUGUACAAAUAAAGAAUUUUGUAAAACAACACAGGAAAAGACAUGGAUUUCUGCAUAUCUAGAAUUUUUAUUUACAGUAUCAUUCAUAUAAAAAGGCUGAAUUGAUUAUACAUGCAGUGGUCUAAAGCAAUUUCCCCUGAUGUUUAAUUACAUGGUCAAUAAUGGCAGCAAGUGCAUUUUUUUUUUUUUUUAAUCAAUAGGA